AUGAGUAAAAAAGAGAAUGUUUGGAAUUAACUAUUAUUUGAGAAAAGUAGAUAGGGAGGUUUCAUAAAUAAGAAUUUGGUAAUUUUAGGCAGGAAAUGUAGUGGAAAAAGAAGUUUGUUAGAUUCUUUAGCUGAAAUAACGAAGACUCACAAGAAUGCUAUUCGACAAAAAGGUAUUACCCCAAUAGUGGAUUAUGCCUUCUUAAAUUUGAUAGACCUUCGCGACCCUGAUUACAACACGAAUGCUCGUCUGAAUGUGUAUAUUUUAGAAGAAGAGGGGCAGAAGUAUUUGUUACCUCAGAUUUUGAAUCACAAAAAUAUCAAGAAUACAUUUGUUGUAAUAGCUCUGGACAUGCAAGAGCCCUGGACCUUUAUGGAAGACCUGGAUAGAUGGAUUAGUGUGUUGUAGGAUAUGAUGGCUGAUCUGCGAUUGAGUUUGAACGAAUUGGAAGAGAUGAAAGCGAAUGUGAUGCAAUAUAUGUCAUAGAUGGAUGGAGGUUAGGCGCAUGAAGGUUUGUUGAAGACAAAUUUGGGAAUACCUUUGAUGGUGAUGGUGAAUAAAUCGGACAUCUUGGAGAGAGAUGAUAAGGGGAAGGAUUGGGAUUAGAAGGCAGAAAUCAUUUAAUUUUGUUUACGUUAAUUUUGUGUGAAUUAUGGUGCAACUUUGCUUUUCACUUCUGUGAAGCAGAAGAUCAACAUCAAGGUAAUGUACGAGUAUGUAUUGCAUCGUCUGUAUAACAUGCCAUUUGAAACAUCACAACACAAAAACCUAUCAGAUUUCGAAAGUCUCUUCAUACCCCUGGGUCAAGAUGACAUAAACAUCAUCAAGAGCACUUUCACUAAAUUGGCCAAUGGUGUCAUUAAAUACGAAGAGAGCGUGCCUGUAGUGCAAUUGAAAAAAAAUUUAGUAAAAGAGGAACUGACUGUUGAGGACGAUCAGGAAUUCUUCACCAAACUAAAGGAGAAGUCGUCUUAAGCACCUGCAACCAGACCCAUCCUACCAAUUCAAAGGACGGUGGACUAGCAACCAGCUCAAUAACAACCACCUCCUCCUACUACUGAUUAACAGCCAGUGUCUGCCCGAGGCUCUCAACAGAGUAAAGAACUAAGAGAUUUCUACGACAAAAUUCUGACUGGCAGAAAUGAUUCUCAAAUUGAUCAGAUUCAAUAGGCUCAUUAACAAUUACAAGAUAGAAUGAAGUCAAGAACAGUCACAGAAGUACAAACAACAACAACAGCUGCCAGAUUGGCUCCUUUGUUCAAUUAAUAAGAUUAAUAGAAAUUGUAGAGGAUUUUGCCUAAAAAGUGAUUUCAUCCCCAUAUUCUAUAAACCUAAAUAAUACCAUACAG